UAAGCGUAACAACAAGAAAAGGAAAAAUCUUUCCGUUGGAAAUAAUUUUUUCAUCAUCGAAAAAAACAACGUUUUGAAAACGUUUUUCGAUUUUACUUUUCAAAAGAAUUUAAUUCAUCAAUUAUUUAAGUGAACGUUUUGUUUGUUUCGUUUUUUUUGCAGAUAUAUAAACUUUAGAAAAAUGUUUGUCUUCAAACGUGAUGGCCGAAAAGAAUCAAUCAUGUUCGACAAGAUUACAUCGAGAAUUCGAAAACUUUGUUAUGGAUUGAAUAUGGAUUUUAUUGAUCCACCUGCAAUCACUAUGAAGGUGAUCAAUGGCCUUUAUUCAGGUAUUACCACUGUUCAAUUGGAUGAAUUGGCUGCCGAAAUUGCGGCAACAAUGACCACAAAACAUGUUGAUUAUGCUAAACUGGCCGCAAGGAUUUCCAUUUCAAAUUUACAAAAAGAAACAAAGAAAAAUUUUUCCGAUGUCGUACAUGAUUUGUAUACGAUGAAGAGUGAAAAAACUGGCAAACCAAUGCCAUUGAUUGCCGAUGAUGUUUAUGAAAUUAUUAUGGCCAAUUCGGAACGAUUAAAUUCAGCGAUCAUUUAUGAUCGAGAUUAUCGAUUCAAUUAUUUUGGUUUCAAAACAUUGUAUCGUUCGUAUUUGUUGAAAAUUGGUCAAAAAGCUGUUGAACGUCCACAACAUAUGUUGAUGCGUGUUGCCGUUGGUAUUCAUAAAGAUGAUAUUGAUGCAGCAAUCGAAACAUAUAAUCUUAUGUCCGAAGGAUGGUUUACACAUGCAUCACCUACAUUGUUCAAUUCUGGUACACCAGGUCCACAAAUGUCAUCUUGUUUCUUAUUGACAAUGGGCGAUGAUAGCAUUGAAGGCAUCUAUGAUACAUUGAAACAAUGUGCAAUUAUUUCGAAAUCUGCCGGUGGUAUUGGCCUUAAUGUUCAUUGUAUUCGUUCACAUGGUUCAUAUAUUGCUGGUACGAAUGGUUUUUCCAAUGGUUUAGUACCAAUGUUACGUGUAUUCAAUAACACUGCACGUUAUGUGGAUCAAGGUGGUGGAAAACGUCCAGGUGCAUUUGCUAUCUAUUUGGAGCCAUGGCAUGCAGAUAUUUUUGCCUUUUUGGAUCUAAAAAAGAAUACUGGUUCCGAAGAGCUACGUGCACGUGACCUAUUCUAUGCAUUGUGGAUACCGGAUUUGUUUAUGAAACGUGUUGAAAUGGAUGGUAUGUGGUCAUUGAUGUGUCCAAAUGAAUGUCCCGGACUUCAUGAAUGUUGGGGUGAAGAAUUCGAAAAGCUAUAUGAACAAUAUGAGCGUGAAGGUCGUUAUCGGUCACAAGUGAAAGCACAUGAUUUAUGGUUUGCCAUUUUGGAUGCACAAAUUGAAACUGGUACUCCAUACAUGGUAUAUAAAGAUCAUUGUAAUCGUAAAUCAAAUCAACAAAAUUUGGGAACCAUCAAAUGUUCAAAUCUUUGUACGGAAAUUGUUGAAUAUUCAUCAGCUGAUGAAAUUGCCGUUUGUAAUUUGGCUUCAAUUUCAUUGCCACGUUUUGUCGAUCCAAAGCUUUUUACAUUUGAUUAUGAUAAACUCAAAGAAAUUGUUAAAGUAAUGACAAAAAAUUUGAACAAAAUUAUCGAUAGUAAUUUUUAUCCAUUACCGGAAGCGAAACGUUCGAAUCUACGUCAUCGACCGAUUGGAAUUGGUGUACAAGGUUUAGCCGAUGCAUUCAACUUAAUGCGUUAUCCAUAUGAAAGUCUCGAAGCUAAACAAAUGAAUAUUCAAAUAUUUGAAACAAUUUAUUAUGGUGCAUUGGAAGCAAGUUGUGAAUUGGCUGAAAAAUUUGGUCCAUAUGAAACAUAUGAAGGAUCACCAGUAUCGAAAGGUAUUCUACAAUAUGAUAUGUGGAACCGUACACCAACCGAUCUUUGGGAUUGGAAUGAAUUGAAAGCAAAAAUUGCUCAAAAUGGUAUACGAAAUAGUUUACUUGUUGCACCAAUGCCAACAGCAUCUACAGCACAGAUUUUAGGCAAUAAUGAAUCAUUCGAACCAUAUACAUCAAACAUUUACACUAGACGUGUAAUGUCUGGUAGUUUUGAUGUUGUUAAUCAACAUUUGCUCACUGAUUUAAUCAAUCUUGGCCUAUGGAGUGAAGAAUUGAAAACCAUUAUCAUUGCUAAUCGUGGUUCAAUACAGAAUAUCGAUUCAAUACCGGAUGAUAUUAAAGCGUUAUAUAAGACUGUAUGGGAAAUACCACAGAAAUGUAUUGUUGAUAUGGCCAUUGAUCGUGGUGCAUUUAUUGAUCAAAGUCAAUCACUCAAUGUUCAUAUGGCUGAACCAUCUAAAGCAAAAAUUACUUCGAUGCAUUUCUAUGGAUGGCGUAAUGGAUUGAAAACAGGAAUGUAUUAUUUACGAACAAAACCGGCAGCACAAGCUAUACAAUUUACAGUGGAUAAAUCCUUGUUGAAAUUGAAACAAAACAGUGAAAAGGAACAAAAACAACCAUCAUCAUUGAAAACAAAACCUACACCGGAAGAGAUUCUACGUUGUUCAUUGGAAAAUCGUGAAGCAUGUCUAAUGUGCUCUGGUUAAUGUGACCAUUAAUAAUGUUUUAUUUCAUGACAUUUCAAUGAUGUUUCUCCUUUUUUUUAAAUAACCCAAGAACAAUGAUAUAUAAUUGAUUAAUUUGUAAAACAAAAAUUGAAAUUAAAAUUAAAAAAAUAAACAACCUAACGAUUGGUCAGCUUGAUUCGAUAA